AUGCAGCAGGCUGGGAGCGGCUUCUCCAACGACAAGCAGGUGGCGGCGUUUAGCAGUUCCAGUCCUGCUCUUGUUGAGCAGACACAAGGAGCCAGACUGCCAGUAUGGCUCCUAAAGGAUGACCAACUGCCCGCGCAGAAUGAUCCAACACAGAGCGGUUUCCAACUGAAGGUGGAUACCCAUGGCUUCAACCCGGAAGAGCUGGAAGUGCGAGUCGAUGGGAGGUGCCUGACGGUGACCGGCCAGCAGCAGAUGGAGAGCUGCGGACCAAAUGGGGGCAUCCGCAUGAAGCGAAAAGUGCACCGGGAAAUGCAACUACCGCCCGACCUAGAUCCUGCCACCUUGACCUGCAUGCUGAGCCCCUCUGGCUACCUGUGUGUUCAAAGCCAGUGCCCGGUACUGCCUGUCUUGGAAUCCUGGCAGUCUUCCACUCCAAAUCUCGAGAGCCACUACUCCAGAAGUUACAACCUAGCCUAA